AUGUCUAAAUUCCAAAGGCCGACUAAUGAAUUAGACCAAAUUCAAACCCGAAAGCUAUUCCAACUUAUAAAGCAAGAAACACAAGUCUUUAGGGGAUGAAGCAAAGAAGAGCUUAAUACAUUGUCUGACCUUGGGACCACUCUGAAAUUUUUUGCAAAUAAUCAGAUUGUAAGAAGAGGAGAAAUUGUGGAAUGAUUUGGAAUCGUUUUAAGCGGAGGCGGAGUUGUGUCAAGUGAUUUUUUAAAACUUGGAGUGGUAGGAGUAGGGGAUCUUAUAGGGUAUAUGGGAGUAUUAGAGCUUAAAGAUAAUGCGCGGCAUAGGUUUGAUAUAAUUGCGAAUGAUGAUGGGUAUAUCAGUGUUUUUUAUCUUGAAGAUAUCAAAGCAAUGCAUAGAAAACAGACAAAAAUCGUGUUCAAGUUUUAUGAGAUGCUAGCUUAUAGAGUUUUAGACGUCAUGUAUUAUCAAUACACAUCUGAGCAGUUUCUCCAUCCUCCAAGAAUUCAAACAACUGAAUAUUCAUCAAAAAAACUACUUGAACUUAUCAAUCUUCAUAGAGAAUUUUCUAGAAAAGUUACCAAUUUCUUGGAAAGACUUGACUUAAAGGUAUUUUUAAGCCUCUGCAAAAUUGUAAAUUUUGAGCCAAACCAACUGAUUUUGAAAAAAGGGUACUCAGAAAAUGCACUGUUUGUAGUGAUUAAAGGAGACUUGGCAGAAAUGCAGGAUUAUAUGUCAAUGUUUAUCAAAGAAGAAUCUAUUUUUGGAAUGGAGCAUUUUUUAAGCCCUGGGAAGUUAUGAGAUAAUGAUAUUGUUGGGCAUACUCAUGGGUUCAUGCUAAUGGUUCAUCGAGAUAUACUUAAUGAAAUAGCAUCACGAGCUCCUGCAAUUGCUGUAAAAAUUUAUAAAUUGCUAUUUAACCUUCAUUGCUCUUUAUUUAUCAGAGAUAAAGAGCCAAAAUUGUUUCUUCCAAGGGAUUAUUUGUCAAGCGAAGAACUAUUUGUAGAGUUAGAUGUCGGAAAAGCUGUAGCUAUACGUCAAAGAGACCCAAAUCGUCAGCUCAGUUAUCACCCAGACCGAUCAUUCGAAGAUGUCUUUUUCAGCAACCAAACAACUCCUACAAAUCCACCUCUUUUUGUAUUUUAUCGCUAUAAUGAACAAAUAAAGCAGCUUCAAAAACCUAUACAGAAGCCAGAAGUCCUAGGAUCAAUUUUUUUAAACGAAAAAUUACAAAAACAAAGACUAGAAGAUGAAGCAACUAGAAAAAGGGGAAAAAGAGGCGCAACAAGAAGGUCCCCCGGAAAGAAAAAAAUGACUGAAGAAAUGAAAAAAGAGCUCGCAAAAACUGAAGGAGGGUACAUUGACUAUGUAGAAGAGCUCGAAGGAGCUGUCGAAGAAUUGAAAUUAACAAAAAUUGAGCAUGAAAAUUUUAAGAAGAGGAUUGAGUUCUUGGAAAAGGAAAAUGCAAGUUUGAAAGAGAAAUUAAAUGAGGAACAGCUGAAAAGAGAACAUUAUGAAGUCAAAUUGCAGAAGCAUGCGGUUGUGAAGGAUAUUGCAAGAUGGGAUGAAAUCAAGCCUUCUAUGAAUUCUGCACAGCAAAAAAUUCUAAAUAGGAAUUUCCAGGAUAUUGCAAAUGAACAGAUGAGAGCACAUAGAAAGCAUGCGAUUACUUGGAAAUAUGCGAUGAAGUGGAUUGAGUUUGUAAAGAAAAGGAAAAAGGAAAGAGAAAUCAUGGAGAGGAAGAAGUUUUGGCCUGGAGAGUGGUAA